AUGGUGGUCUGGAUCGCCUUGGGCGUCGCGAUCGUGGUGGCAAUCGUGGCCAACCGGUUCAUCCUAUCCAGGGCGAGAAAAUUCGGGGCGAUGUCCUUGUCGACCCUCGAGGUGAUAGCGGUGCUGCUCUCGCGCCAGAUUCCCAAGAGCUUCGACGUCUACAGCUUGUCCACCAAGUUCUUCAUCACCAUCGUCUCCUUCUUCGCGCUCAUCAUCAGCACCAACUACACCAGCGAGCAACUCUCCCAGUUCUCCGUGAUCAAGAAGAUGAGGCCCAUUUCCAACUUCGAAGAGCUCGUCGACAGCAAACUCCCAGUCCUGAAGAACGAACUCUUGGAUAUCCUGCUUCGCGGUGAGGCUGGAGAACGAUUUCAGAGGCUGAAGAUCUGGAACUUGAAAGAAUACCCCACGGUGGAGCAGGCGUUGGUGUACGUAGCUAAGGGAGACGCAGCAUAUUUUGAUGCCGGGACAGCCGUGAAAUAUACCCAAUUCCUAAAAUUUACUGAUUCACUCGGACAAUCACCCGUUUUUGUACCGGAAGAAUGCAUUCAAGGAUUCAACGUUGGAUUUGUGAUUCCACGCCAUGCAUACUUCAAGGACCUGCUGAAGCGAGCCAUAUCCGGGCUGGGGGAAGGAGCGCUGAUCCCACAUUGGUGGAAGGAACUGCUGGAGGAAGAGAGGAAGGCCAAGCUCGAAGAGAUUGCACUCACCCAGGAGGAGGCAAAGCCACCGAGACAACUAACACUCAUUCAGUUGGCUUGGGCCUUCAUGCCACUCCUUGGCGGAUAUGCUAUUUCCUUUUUCGUGUUCAUCAUUGAGACUCAGAUAGGAAAGAGGAAGUCAACCCUUGUCGUGUCGAUGUAA